AUGUGUCAACAUGUCCAAACAUCAGUCAAUCCAGGCAUGGGGCCUUUCCCUCCACCGCGUCACGAACCCUCGGUACCCCCUGCGCCUCCAUUUGAGGGCGGCAAUGUCCGCAAGCGCCCCCUCUUUCCUGCUGACAAGCCUAUUCUCGCUCCGCGAGCAAUCCAGCCUCGUCCGGCGGGAGCCAGCACGGCAUCUCUGAGCAGCGAAAGUGGUGCAUCGGCCCUUGUCUCGCCGGGCGCGGAAAACCUAGUGACCAGAGGCGAGCCACCGCGUAAACGCGGACGGCCAAGCAAGGCCGAAUCCGAGCGACGCAAGGCAGCUGCCGAAGCCCGGGGAGAAACGUACCCUCCCCCGCGACGGCCUGGAUCCAGCAAGAUGAAGAUUCCCUCUGCGCCGACCAGCCCCGCCGGGGUCGAGCCAUUUGGGGCUACAUUUAUACCCCAGGCCACGGGAAGCCGUCCCCCGCAGGUCCCGCAGCCCGAUCCACGCUACGCGCCUCCAAUCGCAAGGACGAUGGGGUUCGUUGGGCCUGGUGAGGACGAUCGGCCGAGAGACUCAAUCAACCGUGACAUAGGUCCGACAUUAAGAGAGCUACCUCGUCCAACAGAUAUGAGACAGACGUUACCAUCACCACAGGCACUGCAGUUGGGGCAUAGGGAGACAAUGUCGCGCGCGGAUCCCGCCGAGCGCCCCUUUGAACGACCUCAUCCCGACAGGAUACCCUUCGCAGACCGAAGAACCCUCUUUCACCCCACCAGCAGACGUCAUGAUGAACCCCCCGUGUCGGGACCAGAAAUGCCUUUGCGCACCCCGAGUGAAAAACGAACGGAGUAA